AUGACGGACACGCCAGUACGCUCCAAGCAGAUGGAGCUGUUUGGCAAGCUGCAUAUGAGUAUGGACCAUGUGCUGGCAAAGCUACUGUUAGAGGCACCGCCGCUUCCAGAUGCAUUGAAACUGCAGACCGAGAAACAGUCGUUUGCCACUACGUGGGUGCAAGUGUCUGAGGCAUUUGAGAAACGUAAGACAAUGCUGCAGCGUCGGAAAGAAAAGUCUAAGAUCAAGAAAAAACGACGAUUGGAAGAUACAACCGCCCAAGACAAGGAGAAAGGUAAAGAAAACGAGAAGGAUAUGACCACAAGACAAGCGAACAAUGAAAGUCGUAACUCCGAUGUUUCCCCGCCGAAUUUGAAGAGUAUUCGUGGCCUCAAAGCGAUAAAAAAGGCAUCAAAGAAGAAUUCUAGUAGUCCGAAAAUAAAUUUCGACACGGCUGAACCAAGUGCGUCCGAGCAAAACGUACUUGAGAAAUUACGCGAAUUGCCCAUGUGUCAGGAUUUAAAAUUUGGGUCAAAUAAGUAUAGAGCGAUUGUCAAAUGGAUUGAGAUCGAUAACGGCAACGACACAGGCUUGUCGACAGACUUGAGAGAGCUACUGAAAAAGUUACAAAUUGAUGUAGCGCUAAAAAGUGCGCGUACGACAUUAAAAGAAAGUCGUAAACGCUCAGUAGAGUCGUUAGAUAACACCCCGCAUACCGACAAGCGCAGCAAAGUUAAGUCUUUGGAGAGUGAACGAAGGCAGGACAAGAAAGUACGUGAUGUGGUAGAUGGUGCGGGUAAAAAGGAGAAGCCAAAAUCAAAGGGAUGGGCACCUGAUUCCGAUGAAAAGAGAAAUUUUCAAGAACAAGAAGAAAAGAAGAAGAAGCGUGAAGAAGAAAAGUCUAUUCCGAGGCAAAAGAAAAAAGCUGAGGGAAAGAAGAAUGAAAAUGCGGUCAAAACUGGCAAAGAUACCUCUCAGCCGAACUCAAAAAAACACUCAGCCAUAGUUGUGACGAAGGUUAAUGCAAAUGAAGCGAUAUAUGGAAAUGCAGAUGCCAACUCCCUUCUCCACAAGAAAAAAACCGUUCAGUCGAACGCUUCCGGGACGUCUACUAACGUGAAACUUGCUGCUUCGGAAAAAAUGAAACCCGGUUCUAGUCCAACUUCUGCAAUUGUGUUAGAUGAUAGCGAAGAGGAAAGCGAAGCAGAAACUAAGGAACAAGACUCGUCAACUGACGAUGACCAGGAUCUUUUUGAUCUUAACGAGGAGGACGUAUAUGUCGUCGAGGCGAUUUUAUGUGUUAAGGAAGGACGCUCCCUUAUGUCGGCUGGACGUCGUCAGAAAGAAGCCGAUUUGUAUUUAGUUAAGUGGGAUGGCUACAAUGAACUAACGUGGGAGCCUGACGAGAACAUUCCGCGACGAUUAAUUGAGAUCUUUCGGGAGCGUGAACGUGCCAAGCGAGCGUGUCAGUUCCAGGUUAAGAAAGCGCACGAACGCAGGGAGGUCUUAAAUGUGACAACGCAACAGCCCGAUGUGAUUUACAUGAUUCAGUGGAUCAACCAAGAACUUCCAGUAUGGGAGUCACGCACGACUCUUCCAAUAAAGACGCAAGUAUGGCUGGACAGGAUUCUUGGUGCUCCGGUAUCGAAAAAGCGUCGAGAAACUAAAGUUGUUAAGCAGUAA